AUGGCUCGCGUCGUGCCUUGCCCGCACAUCGCCAACCGUGCUACUGUGUCUCCGCACUGCCCCGCGUUGUGCUCCUCAAUCGCGCCGACAUGGAACCCCACGCCGUCCGCCCUCUCGCCUUUCGCCUCCGCGCUACGUCCCGCAGCCACUCUUCCGCGAUUGUCGGCGAAUUCACAAAUUCGCGCGCGUGUACUCCCGCGGCCGCAGCCAGCGAGGCGGCGUGAGCUCGUGGUCCGCGCGGCGGGGCAGGAGGGCGGGGAGAAGGACGACGACAAGCCCAAGGCCGCCGGCACUCUGCCCGACGGUGACUCGGGCAGUAAAGCGCCCGAAUCCUCGUCUCCCCCUCCCCCGCCCUCCGCCGGCCCGCCAUCAUCCCCCGCGCCCGUGCAGCUGGACUCGUACGCGGUGGUGGCGCUGCUGGGGCCCGAGAAGGUCGACGCGGACGACGUGGCGCUGCUGCGCGCCAAGCUCUUCGGCUACUCCACCUUCUUCGUCACCGGCCAGGAGCCCUUUGGCGAGGCGGGCGAAGCCGUGCUGUUACAGGGUAACCUGCGCGGCCCCAAGGAGGAGGUAUUCGCGAAGCUGCGCGCGGGCAUGCGGCUGCUGUUCGGCGCAAAGUACGAGCUGCUGAUGGUGCAGGAGCCGCGCAAGCCGGGCGCGCCGCCCAGCGAGGGGGAGGGGAAGGAGGAGCGCGUGGCGAUGGUGGUGGUGCGCGCGGAGCAGCUGCAGGGCCGCGCCACCUCCGCGUGGCAGUUCGCGCUCGGCGCGCUGCUGCUCGCGCUCACCGGGGGGGCGUGCCUUGAGCUGGGCCUCGCCAGCCAGAUCUCCAAGGUGUCGCCCGAUGUGAUUCGCUACUUCACGUCACCCAAUCCCGAGGAGCUGACCCCGCCUGAUGUGACGGUGGUGGCGCCGUUGGUGCGCAACGCGCUGCCCAUCGCCUACGGGGUCUUUGGAGUGCAGGUCUUCCAUGAGGUGGCCCACUGGCUGACGGCAGCACAGAAGCGGGUCAGGCUCGGCAUCCCGUACCUCAUCCCCAACAUCACCAUUGGCAGCUUCGGGGCCAUCACUCAGAUCAAGAGCCCCUGCCCGGACCGCACCGCUCUCUUUGACAUUGCCAUGGCCGGCCCGCUAGCCGGUGCCACCUUGUCGCUCGCCAUGUUCGCAGCGGGCCUUGCCCUCUCACUGCCGCCAGCUGGCCCGCUGGCAGCGCUUCCGGGGCUGCAGGAGUCGCUCGUGCAGGUGCCAUCGCAGCUCUUCCAGGGCUCCCUGCUGCUCGGCGCACUCUGCCGAGCCGUUCUGGGAUACGACUUGAUGCACGUGCAAGCAAUCACCAUCCACCCACUCGUCAUUGUUGGAUGGUGUGGCCUGACCACCUCUGCUCUCAAUCUGCUGCCAGCAGGUCGGAUUGACGGGGGGCGAGCCACACAGGCUGCAUUUGGGCGUGACACUGUGGGCAUCACUAGCCUUGUGACAUAUGGACUUCUGGGAAUCGGCUUGCUUGGGGGACCAUUUUCUCUGCCCUUUGGUCUCUACGUCCUCUUUCUUCAGAGGGACUUCGAGAAGCCUGCAUUGAACGACGUCACAGGGGUUGGCUGGCAAAGGCAGCUGGUCCUUGCUGGGGCAAUCGCCCUGGCAGUUGGCACACUUCUGCCAAUUUGGGAUGGACUUGCUGAUGACCUCGGUAUUGGUAUUGGAAGCCAGCUAUUCUGA